ACAAAUUCUUACACGAGGAAAAAGCCGGUUGAGUUCCGACUUCCCGACGGUCACAGUCCCACCUCGUCGGUUACCGUUUAUUAACAAAAUGUAUUAUAAAUUUAGUGGAUUUACACAAAGACUGACGGGAGUCGUGUCAUCCUCCGCCUACAGUCCGCAGGGCUUGAGGGCAAAUAUACCGUCUGAAUCCCCUAGCAUGAUCUUUGCCACCCCAACUAAACUGGUGUCUGAGUCAAAUGCUGCAGUGGAGUAUAUGGGUGCCAACAAGGUUCCAGAUCUCCAGAGGAUAUUUCAGGCCUCUGAAGAGAUUCCUGUUCAUCUGAAACGAGGUGUUUCAGACAGACUCUUGUACAGGACCACCAUGGCACUGACAGUCUGGGGAGCUCUCUACUGUCUCGUAGCUCUAUAUAUAGCAGCUCACCCCAAAAACAAAUUAACUGUACCCAGCCUUUGUUCAUCAACUCACAUCAUCAGCAUUCAAAUAACAUUUGCAAUGUGUAACUUUGUUGUAUUUAUUAUGAACAUUACCCUGAACAGGUACUCUGUCCUGCACAAAGCUUAUACUGAACAAUGCCAUUUUACUUGUGUGUUCUGUAUCAGAUCUGGGAUGUUGUUAGUUGUGUUAAUUAGAACAGUGGUUCUCAAUUUGAGUACUUCCAAAGCCCCAAAAGUCAGUAUUCCUAGUUAUUUAGUUUUUCAUCCAGAACAUACUCUUAAAAAUAUAGGUUUCAACUGGAGGGUUUUCGCAACAAUACCAUAGAAAAGCCAUUUUUGGUUCCACAAAGAACAUUUAAGUGAACAGGUCUUAAAUAAUGUUUUUUCUUUGUGUAAAGAACAUUGUUUUACUUAAAAAAAAAAAACUUAAGUGCAAUGUAAAGUUUCCAUGAAUGUUAAGUUUCUUCACAGAGAACCACUGAUGAUGCUAAAUAACUUUUAUUUUUUUAAGAGCGUAAUAAAUAUGAUGGUCUCUCUAUAUAUAACAUUAAUAAUUUAGCUAAACUCUCUUACCCCCAUUUAUACUUCAUCAGCACAGGAUGGUUUAAACCAGAUGUGUGAUGGCUGAGAGAUAGUGAUAAUCAUGUUUUGGUAAUGAUUGACAAAUGUUGUGACGCUGAGAAGAGGAUAAGAAAGGAAAAUAGGGUGAGAUCUCUCACUUUUCAAUAGUGUUGAUUGGAGUGUUGGUUACACACUCGGGCAUGUUAAGUGUGCCUCUGGGAAGCCAGACUACGAGAAAUCUAUAUGAAAGGCUUUAACACUAGAGGAUGUGUAGAAUAUUCUGGAAAUGUGGAACCAUAUUGAAGAGAAGUGCAGUGUGCACACUUAUGCCACUGAAUGCAAUAUUACCAUACUUUAAGGUAAUUUCACAGUUUUGGAAACAUGUAAUGUAAGUACAUGAAAUGCUGCUGUGCCUCUCAUGCACCAUUUGCCCAAGGAAUGCGUUUUUUUUUUUUUUUUUUAAAUAGACAUUAAUUUCAUUAAUGUUUUGGCCAUCUGAGAUGUACAUAUUUAAUUUAAAAGAACCAAAUUAAAGACCUUUGACCCAUGA